UUGAAAGCCCAAGAUCUCAGCACAGACCAGUGUUACCUGUACAGUAUUACGUCUGCUGUCUCGACCGGCGUGCUUCCCGAAGAUUUAGCAAACAAGUCACCUGGAAAGAUGUCCCAUGCUAGGUGGCUUACCCGGGCUAAUCGGAUUCUGCGGCUCUAUAUUCCGACAAAAUCCGCGCCUAAAGAGUUGGUGAUCUUAGCAACUUACGUUGUUAAGGUUUACGCUCCGACUUGGUUCUCUAUCAAGACUCACCCCAGCUGUAAGGAUGGAGCGCGACAUCUGUAUAAGCUCAUUUCUGCUUCUAGAUACCUCACAGCAGAGCUAAAAGCUGUAAUAGAUCCAGUAAUUAUAAGGAAUGGAUAUUUCGCUCAUCCAGAGAACUUAUUACUGGCAAUGUUGAUAGACUCGCAACAACAUAUUCGAGAGUUAGCCGCACGUCGUAUCCUGAAAGCCCGUGAACUGCCUCUUCUACGCCUGCCAUGUCAUACGCAAGCCGUGGAGCGAUCAGUCAAGACAGUAACCCAAGCAGCAAAUACAUUAUGUAGCAAAACUGCAAGAGAAGGCUUUAUUAGAGCACAAAUAGAGUCUUGCAAAAAUAUGCCAAAAUUCGAGAGCAAACAAGAUUUUAGGGUUAACUAA